GACGCAAGUGCAUGGAUUUUACAUAUAAUACAUUCUAUAUCAUCGAACAACAAAUACCUUUUGGGAAAAGCUAUACUUUUAUACUGUCAGUAUUAGUAAUGUCGACAUCACAGGGAGGAAAUCCAGCCAUAGAACGGCUGAAUCAGAGAAUGUCACGUCUAACGACAAUGGAAGGCAGGCAGAAGGUCUUAGGUUUCGUUCCUCGAUCAAGUGAUGUGAUUGUUGCUACACCAAUGAAAUGUGGUACAACGUGGAUGCAACAGAUUAUGCAUCAACUGCGUAGCGGAGGCGAUAUGACCUUUACAGACAUCGACGAAGUUGUUCCAUGGAUUGAAUUGGCUUAUGAUGUCGGACUAGACCUCGAUGCCGAACACAAAUAUCAGCCUAGAUGCUUCAAGACCCACGCUUCGUAUGACGUCUGUCCUAAAGGCGGAAAAUAUAUUCUUGUCUAUCGGGAGCCUUGUGCAUCAUUCUACAGUGCAUUCAAUUUUUUUACAGGAAUACAUUUUCAACCAGAAGAAGUAACGCUUGAUGAAUUCGUGAAAAAUAUGAUUUCCCCCAAUAAAAAGAUUCGUGCGAAUUACUUCCAGCAUUUGCUGAGCUGGUGGCCGAAACGAAAUGAUCCGAAUGUAUUGUUUCUUCUAUACGAAGAUAUGUUGGAUGACUUGGGAAGUGCAGUGAGGGCCGUGGCAUCGUUCAUGGGUAUUGAUGAUGAAGCUAGUAUAACAAAUGCCGUGAAAAUGAGCACAUUUGAUUUCAUGAAGCAAAGUCGAGACAAGUUCGCAUCCAACCUCGUAUCAAGUCAUCGGAAUAAAGCGUUGGGAAUAUCAGAAGGAGUCAGACUUCACCGUGUUGCUACGGGUUCUGCAACAAAAGGGCGCGAAAUAAUGGACGAGUGGACCAAGCAAGCUGCUCAAGAAAUGUGGAAUGAAAUUGUCACAAAAGAGACCGGUUUUCAAGAUUAUAGUGAUUUUAGAGAGGCUUUGAAGAGGGAAAAACAGUCGUAACUCGAUACAUUUUCCAUCGUAGUUCAUGACCUGUCUCGAAUGAUAAUAUAUAUAGGGAGUUUGGCAACCGACAAAGCAUUAUUUGCCUGUUAAAAGUAUUAUCUUUCUUUUAAGCGACCCUUAAGUAACAGACGAACAAUCAGUGAAUCCCCACACAAAACACCGGAAACGACUUCCAACGUUCUAACUGUUAGCGUGUUCAUAAGCCGUGAAAAUUAUGCAUAAUAACGUUAAGCCCGCCGGUCACGAGAGCAACUUGCUGAGCUAACCGCCUCGCGAGGCCUUGAGGAAAAUAUCUAUCGUGUUUGAUAUUUUUCGCCUCGCGAGGAAAAAAUCUCAGCGUCUGCGGAUGUUGUGAGCUAAGUGCUGAGCUGUUUGAAUCAAUUAGCCAAUGACAAACCAUGGUUUCUUCAUGUGAAUUGGAACAAAAUGGAGGAAAAUGCAAAUGAUUUUGUCAUUUAUGUUGUUGUUGAGUAGUUUUCCCAACGUGUGCGGUGAAAAUACAAAGCUGAGCUAGCUGCCACGCGAGGCGGUUAGCUCAGCAAGUUGCUCUCGUGUGCGGCGGGCUUUACGGUAGUAGUUUGAACAACUACAGCGUAAUUAACAGCGUACUAAAAUGCUCAAGGGAAUACAAUUUAUAAUCACCUUUGAAAAUUCUAUUGUUGAUGAUCACGUCUUCACUGACACUGACGUUACUGUUGUAUUUGCCAAACUCACUAAUAUGUUAGUAACAACGUAACAAUUGAUCAUGACACCUUAAUUACUUAAAUGUUAAUAUGUUACUGUAUAGUAUCAGGUGACAUCUCAAGGUCACUGGGAUUAAUUUUUAAAAUACAAAUACGCAAUAAUGCUGCAUUGCAAUUUUUCAUUCUCGUUAUAUAUCUAAAGCCCUGGGUAAACUAUAGGAAACAUUGUUGUGGAAACAUUUGUGAUUCUCAAGAAGCAAAAAUGUUUCUUAGCGAAUUUAGAAACAUUUGAUGUUUCCCUAUGUUUCUUACUAAUGUUUCCUAGUGUUUGCUCACUCUUGAAAACAUGGCAAAACAUUAGUAGGAAACAAUUUCUCCGCAACAGUGUUUCCUAGUUUGCCCAGGGCCUAACUUUCUGAAGAUGUACGCACAGAUUUUUACUCUUGAGAUAUUGCGCUUUAAUAAUAAUAAUAAUAAUAAUAAUAAUAAUGGAAACUUUAUUUAUUUAUUAUUAGGAUAUAUACAACUACAAUGAUAAACCUCGCUUUACAGGUAGUUUAUCAAUGUCUACUUGAAUUGAUACUAUAUAUUUAUUGUACAAUAAUUAUUUUAAGAAGGAUUAUAUUAACAUUAAUUUUGGGUUAUCCCACACCUUGUUUCGUUUACAAAAUACAUAAUAUGAUGUUCGUAUGCAUAUGUUCACGAUUUGCUUUUUUAUGUAUUUACUAUACUUGGCAUCACAUUUAAGGCUACUUAGCAUGCCAUCGAAAUUUUUACAAGAUCGGCCAAAAACUCCGAGGGUACUCAAGGAUAAAUUGACGAACUUGACUUUAUCAUAAUCUGCUUCCUGCUCAUUGAUUAGAUCAC